CUGCACGGCAUGUGAUAAUAUUUCCUCCAAGCAAUUUUGCCGUGAAUAGCUGCUUAAAAAUAUGUUUGCCUAAUUGUAAAAUAAAAUUAAAGGAGUACAUUUAACUUUGUUCUUGUUGUCAAAAGUGGGGUUGUCUUGUAGUAAUCUGUUGCUUGAAUUAACCACUUCCUGUGUGUUCCGUUCCUCUCACUUGCCUACGCUUGUACAGUUUGUUUAUAAGCGGACAGGGCAUCCCGGUACUGUUGACAGGUGUGCUUGGAAACAUCGUAACAUUUUGUAGGGAGAUUUGCGUGCUUCGCUCCCUGCUACACUGUCCUGUACCUGGUUACUGAUGUGUACAUCCGUGUUGCUGUGGAGGGUAACAGCAUGAAACGGGACCGGCGCGGCCGCUUUCAGUAUGGUGUACAGAAGUACAGGCAGGGACUACAGAAUGAAAGCAGGAAACGCGGCAACCACCGAUCGGAGAGUACGAGAGCCUUGGUACCAGUUACGGGAGACAGUGGUAUAGGUGACGAUAUUACUGUCGAGCUGCCUGGUAACGUGGCCCAGUUAGAGGAAACGAUUGGGAGAGGAAAAGUGCUGUCUGACUGUGAAAAUUCGGUGCCAUCAGUAGGAAUUGGCAAAACCCUGACUGCAGGGUUUUGCCGACUUUGCCAUGGAAAGUUUUCAUCUCGGAGUUUGCGGAAUGCAUUUGGUAAAGUGCCAGUAGUAGGAGGUAAUGCAGAGAAGCAGCAUCGUGUGGAACAUGUUUUCUUCAUGGACUUCCAACACUUGGUGGGACUUCCCAUCAGGCAAGAUCCUGAUUUGCCCCAGUUUGUCUGCAAGAACUGUCACGCUCAGUUUUACAAGUGCCGCAACAUUCUUAGAACUUUCAUUCAGAGGGUCAACACAUCACCCAUUGGACGUGACAAAUCACAAAAAGGGGGUGCUGCUCUUCCUCCAGUUGCAGAAUGUCCGCCGGCUGUUGACCUUGUUACAUCCACUCCUCAGUGUCUGCACAAGCUAGUUACAUGGACACACAAUCAUGCCAGCACUUGCCAGUCCACUCCAGACUUAAAGAGCAUGUUGUCAUCGGAAUACUGCGGUAUCAUUCGAGCUGUGUGGGGCUGCAUUGGAGGACACACUUACACUAUGGAUACAGACUGCCUUCCAUUUCAUGGUAGAAAUGCCUCAUUGGUUAAGCCAGAAUUAAAACUGAGCACAGCACAGUAUACAUCAGGCAAUGGUUCAGUUGAGGACAAUGGAGGACGAGUUGCGAAUGAUAUAAGGACAUUGCCAUGCUCACAGAUGGGAACCAGUAAGGCCGCUUCAGUAGUAUUAGACACAGGGAGUAAACAUUCCUCUCAUUUACAGUUGGACUUACCUGAACCUUUCCCGGAGAGAUGUUCUUCACAAUCAUCAGAUCAUCAUAGCAGCAUUCAAGAUAAAGCAAGUAAUAAACAGUUGCCUCCUUCAACAGCACCAGCACCACCUCCAGAAGUGCAACUGAAAGAAGAACUGAGUGAAGCUUCAGACAGCAGGGAUUUCUCAAGUGAUGAAGAUGAAGACAGUGAAAGGAAAACUAACCGGUCAUCUGAUGAGUCUUUUGAACCUUACCCUGAGAAAAACAAAGUACCAAACAGAAAGUAUGAAAACAAAGAAGAAAGACUUCAAGAAGAACCCAGAGUGAGAAAGAAACCAGGUCCAAAAAAGGGCUGGAAAAAAAAAGUUAAAUUAGAGCGGGAAGAACUGCCAAACAUCUACAAGUGUCCUCACCAAGGAUGUACAGCUGUGUAUCGAGGACCAGAUGGCAUGAAGAAACACAUCAAAGAACAUCAUGAGGAAGUGCGUGAGAGGCCUUGUCCACACCCUGGAUGUAACAAAGUCUUCAUGAUUGACAGAUAUCUGCAGCGUCAUGUAAAACUCAUACAUACAGAGAUACGAAAUUAUAUAUGUGAUGAAUGUGGUCAGACAUUUAAACAACGUAAGCAUCUUUCAGUUCAUCAAAUGCGCCACUCAGGAGCAAAACCUCUACAGUGUGAAGUAUGCGGUUUCCAAUGCAGACAGAGGGCAUCCCUUAAGUACCAUAUGACUAAACACAAAGCAGAGACAGAACUGGAGUUUGCUUGUGACCAGUGUGGCAAGCGUUUUGAGAAGGCCCAUAACUUGAAUGUACACAUGUCUAUGGUGCACCCCUUAACACAGAAUGCAGAUAAAGCUAAGUUGCCAGAAACUGAGCAUAUAAAUCUUGUUGAAGAUUUACCAGGAGCAGUGCUAGAACAGCUGAUGUUACCGAAGCCAGCACCACAUCAGGAUCCCAGCUGAGGAGGUGGCCAUGCUUUUUCAUUUCAUAGUUAUUUGUUUUUGAUGUAUAAAACAGGCUGUCUAGAUUCUACCGAUUAAAAUGUCUGUAUGAGCAGCUUGGCACACAUUCAAAUGGAUAAAGCUUUAUCUGCUCUUCAGACAGCACAGAGCUUAUCAGCAUGCUGUUUUGGAAGUCGUGCACCACACCAGGCUUUUUGCCGUGCCACUCUAUUGUCUUCAGUCUUGUCUAUCUCUGGCAUGUCAGAAACGUGCAAGACAGUCCGUUGCAAGCAGUGAACACCUUGAAUGUAACAAAAUUUACAGUGCUGUAUUUUCACAAACAACUGCUUAAAAUGCUGAGUUGCAUUUCAUAAUUUGAUAGAGCUGUUUGUGGACUUCGCAAAUAAACAAUGUGUUUUUA